UGGGCACUUGGCUCUGUAGGGUGACACAGCAGGACGUGCCUGGGGAUAGUGCCCUUUCUUAUCUUUGAUCUUUGGAGCACAGAUACAAGAACAGCCCGCAAAAAUGGGCUUGGGUAAGGGAAAUGACAAAUACAAGCUGGCAGCAACCUCUGAAGAUGGAGGGAAAAAAGGGAAAAAGGAGAGAAAUAUGGAUGACCUGAAGAAAGAAGUAGAUCUGGAUGACCACAAACUGACCUUGGAUGAGCUUCACCGCAAAUAUGGAACAGACCUGCAGAGGGGUCUGACCUCCACUCGUGCAAAAGAGGUCCUUGAUCGUGAUGGUCCCAAUUCUCUGACCCCACCACCCACCACCCCAGAAUGGGUGAAGUUCUGCAAGCAGCUCUUUGGUGGGUUCUCCACUCUGCUGUGGAUUGGAGCCAUCCUCUGCUUCCUGGCUUACGGUAUUCAGGCUGCCUCAGAAGAUGAACCAGCAAAUGAUAAUCUGUACUUGGGUGUUGUGCUAUCUGCUGUCGUCAUCAUCACUGGCUGUUUCUCCUACUUUCAAGAAGCCAAGAGUUCAAAGAUUAUGGAGUCCUUUAAGAACCUGGUCCCUCAGCAAGCCCUGGUUGUGCGUGACGGAGAGAAAAAGAGCAUCGAUGCUGUGGAGGUGGUGGCUGGAGAUCUGGUGGAGGUGAAAGGUGGAGACAGAAUCCCUGCUGACCUGCGUAUCAUCUCUGCUCAUGGCUGCAAGGUGGACAACUCCUCCCUCACAGGAGAAUCCGAGCCUCAGAGUCGUACCCCUGACUUCUCCAACGACAACCCUCUGGAGACCAGGAACAUUGUGUUCUUCUCCACCAACUGUGUUGAAGGCACUGCCAGAGGAAUUGUGAUCAACACUGGUGACCGCACUGUCAUGGGUCGGAUUGCCACUCUUGCCUCCAGUCUGGAUGGAGGGCAAACCCCAAUUGCCAGAGAGAUUGAGCACUUCAUUCACAUCAUCACCGGCGUGGCUGUGUUCCUGGGAGUCUCUUUCUUCAUCCUCUCUCUCGUCCUCGGAUAUGGUGUGCUUGAGGCCGUCAUCUUCCUCAUCGGUAUCAUUGUCGCUAACGUGCCAGAGGGACUACUGGCUACUGUCACUGUGUGUCUGACCCUGACUGCCAAGCGCAUGGCCAAGAAGAACUGCUUGGUGAAGAACCUGGAAGCUGUGGAGACUUUGGGCUCUACCUCCACCAUCUGCUCUGACAAGACCGGAACUCUGACCCAAAACCGCAUGACGGUGGCCCACAUGUGGUUCGACAACCAGAUCCAUGAAGCCGACACCACCGAGAACCAGACAGGAACCGCUUUUGACCGCUCAUCAGCAACCUGGAACUCCCUGGCACGCGUGGCUGGUCUGUGCAACCGCGCUGUCUUCCUGGCAGAUCAGCAGAAUGUCCCCAUCCUCAAGAGAGACACAGCUGGAGACGCCUCUGAGUCUGCCCUGCUGAAGUGCAUUGAGCUGUGCUGUGGCCCGGUGAAAGAGAUGCGUGAGAAGUACCAGAAGCUUUCUGAGAUCCCCUUCAACUCCACCAACAAAUACCAGGUAUCCAUCCACAAAAACGUCACCCCUGGAGAGACAAAGCACCUGUUGGUGAUGAAGGGAGCCCCAGAGAGGAUCCUGGACCGCUGCUCAUCCAUCGUGCUUCAGGGCAAAGAACAGCCCCUGGAUGACGAGAUGAAGGAUGCCUUCCAGAAUGCCUAUGUUGAACUUGGAGGUCUAGGAGAAAGAGUGCUCGGUUUUUGCCAUUACAACCUGCCCGACGACCAGUUCCCUGAUGGAUUUCAGUUUGAUACUGAGGAAGUGAACUUCCCUACUGAAAAGCUGUGUUUUGUCGGCCUCAUGUCCAUGAUUGACCCACCUCGUGCUGCUGUGCCUGAUGCUGUGGGCAAAUGCAGGAGCGCUGGCAUCAAGGUUAUCAUGGUGACUGGCGAUCAUCCUAUCACUGCCAAGGCCAUUGCCAAAGGUGUGGGUAUCAUCUCUGAAGGAAAUGAGACUGUGGAGGACAUUGCCACUCGCCUGAACAUCCCUGUUGAUGAGGUCAACCCAAGAGAUGCCAAGGCUUGUGUCGUCCAUGGUAAUGAACUGAAGGACAUGGCACCUGAAUUUCUGGAUGACAUCCUGAGGUACCACACUGAGAUUGUGUUUGCCAGAACCUCUCCACAGCAGAAACUCAUCAUUGUUGAGGGCUGCCAGCGACAGGGUGCCAUUGUGGCUGUAACCGGUGAUGGCGUCAACGACUCUCCUGCCCUGAAGAAGGCUGACAUUGGUGUUGCUAUGGGUAUCGCCGGAUCUGACGUCUCUAAGCAGGCUGCUGACAUGAUCCUUCUAGAUGAUAACUUCGCCUCCAUUGUUACAGGAGUUGAAGAAGGUCGUCUGAUCUUUGACAACUUGAAGAAGUCCAUCGCCUACACUCUGACCAGUAACAUCCCAGAGAUUUCACCUUUCCUCCUCUUCAUCCUCGCCAACAUCCCACUGCCUCUGGGCACAGUCACCAUCCUCUGUAUUGACCUGGGCACUGACAUGGUUCCUGCUAUCUCCCUGGCUUACGAAAAAGCUGAAAGCGACAUCAUGAAGAGACAGCCCAGAAACCCAAAGACAGACAAGCUGGUGAACGAGAGGCUUAUCAGUAUUGCCUAUGGGCAGAUCGGUAUGAUGCAGGCCACAGCAGGAUUCUUCACCUACUUCGUAAUCCUGGCUGAAAAUGGAUUCCUGCCCUCAUUUCUCAUAGGAAUACGUGAGAGUUGGGAUGAUAAAGCCAACAAUGAAGUUGAAGACAGUUAUGGUCAGCAGUGGACUUACGAACAAAGAAAAAUAGUGGAGUUUACAUGUCACACAGCGUUCUUUGCCAGUAUUGUGGUUGUGCAGUGGGCUGAUCUUAUAAUCUGCAAAACGAGAAGAAACUCCAUCCUUCAGCAAGGAAUGACAAAUAAAAUCCUCAUCUUCGGCCUGUUUGAGGAGACAGCCCUGGCUGCUUUUCUGUCAUAUUGCCCAGGCAUGGACGUUGCUCUCAGAAUGUUCCCCCUCAAGCCUUUAUGGUGGUUCUGUGCAUUCCCCUAUUCCCUACUCAUCUUCCUUUAUGAUGAGGCCAGAAGAUAUCUCCUGCGGAGAAACCCAGGAGGCUGGGUGGAAAUGGAAACAUACUAUUAGUGUGCAUACCAGUGUACACCACCUCACACACUCACAUGCAUCUCUCAUGUGUAUCCUACUUGAUGCAGAUGCAUUUUGUAUUCAAAAUAAGUGUAAAAUGUUGAGAUGACGUUGCUUAUAACUUAAAAUAAAAUAUCACUCCAACUGAAA